GUUUAGCAAAAAAGAAGUUGAAACGAAAGAUGGAAAAAGUAAAGUUUGAGAUUGGUGAAAGUGGCGGGUCUUUUUGCGAGGAAAGUCCGUACUCGCACUUACUGGAAUAUGGUCUAAUAGCCUAUAAAAGUGCCAUAGUGACGAUUACUCGGGAAACCGAGGAAGUGGAACGUCGUAAACCCCACUAG